CUAUGUUUGGAUGGUCGAGGUUAUGUUGUGUACACUAAAGUAGAUUCCUUACGGAUGGUUUGUACAGAAAAUUAUUAUAUUUUGGAUUUUAAGUAAUUAUUGUUCUUAAUUGGUUUUUGCUUAAAUAUUUAUCAUUAUUUCUAUUUUGUGGACAAUGUCUUUUAAAGAACAAGUGGUUCAUUGUAAAUAUAAUAAUAAUUAUUCAGCGGGGACUUCUAGUAACACUGAAAAAUUAGCUUACAAUGAAGAAGUCGUAAUCCUAUAUAUAUGUGAAAAAUGUGGGCAAGGUUUUCAAAAUAAGGCAUCUUUUAGAUCACAUAAUAAACGAAAACAUACUAGUUCUAAUCAUGUAUGCAGUAUGUGUAAAAAAAUAUUUACCAGAAGAAAUUAUUUGGAAAAACAUCAAAAAAAUUGUCAGAAUAUAAAAAAGAAUAAGCUUUGUUCUCUUUGUGAUUUCCGUGCAUCAAGUAGUGCAGAAGUUCUUAGACAUUAUGAAGUGAAACAUAAUGUAAUUAUAUCUGAAAAAACACUGAGUUUUAAUACAUUUGAAGAGUUUGAAAUUUGGAAGGAAGAAUUUGAAAGAAACACGAAAUCGCGUUUUAUAAGGAAAACUGGAACCCGACAUACAGUAGAUGGAGUAAACAUUACAAAGUAUAUUUGUCACCGUGAUGGUAAUUUCCAAUCAAAAAGCAGGGGUAUCCGUCAUAUGAAAGCUAUUGGUUCAGAUAAAAUCAACGCUUAUUGUCCAGCAAAUAUUAUUGUCUAUGAGACAGAACAAAGUGUAAAAGUAAGUUAUAGGGACACCCAUAUUGGCCAUGAAUUUGACAUAUGUCGUUUAAAGAUUACUGCAUCAGAAAGAGCAGACAUUGCUCAAAAACUUGCUUUAAAAAUUCCAACUAAACAAAUAUUAGAUGAAAUUCAUGAUUCUGCUAUCAACAGUGAACUUGAGCGAGUUCAUUUGGCAACUAGGAAAGAUUUAUGGAAUAUUGCGAAAUCUUACAAUUUAAAUAAUGAAGCCAAACAACAGUCUUAUAAGAAAAGAAAGCAAGAUGUGAUAAAUAAAGUUGUGAAAGUGUGUAAUACGAUAGAAACUGAGGAACAGUUGGAAGCUGUUUUGAAGCAAGUAGCCUCUCUAGAGAAUAUCAUAAGUGCACUUUCCAAAAAACAUAAAACAAAGUAAUGUUUUUGUAACAAAAAAAAUUAACCAAUUAAGGAGAGAUCUAUCAAUUCCUUAAAGAAGAAACAAGCAAUUUAUGUUUUAUUUAAUAAAUAAUAGAAUAUAUUCAAAAUUA